CUUUUUAAGUCCGUAAUGCUAAAAAGCUGUGGGACCGUUGAUAAAGUAGACCAGGAAGAAUGUGAAGAGGAAGGAAGUGGCACCGUGAAAAACGUUGAAAAUAAAGCAGAGGAAUCGUCUAUCGGUACUAGUCCUAUAAGUGCCCAUAACUCAAUGAGCUACAAUCCUCCAAAAAACGGUUUGAUCGCUUCUGCAUUAGAAAUACCUAACUCUGUGUGUCUGUCAUUUGAACAUGUAGAUCCUCUGCUCCAAAGCGACUCCCCUCCAUGUUCGAUCAAAAAGACAAUUCCUCAAGAUGAGAAACAUGCAGGGUUAUUCACAAAUAUCAAAAAUGACUUAUCCACUGAUCAGGGAUUAGAAUUUAAUAAAAGUGAAAACCAGGAGCAAAGUGACAAACUGAUGGAUUUACCAAAUGGUUCAAAGCAAUACAAUGAAGUCCUUAUUGAUGGAUUUGCUAUUUUAUCUUUUAAAACAAUGGAUGAUAUGCUGGUAAGUUUCAUUUCGUGAACCAUCUUACUUGCUAUGUAGUUAUUUUAUUCAGAGUGUAAUCACAGAUACCUUUACAAUUUUGUUAAGUUGCCCCUGAUGAUUCCUAAGUUUACAGAAUUUGAUGUUCAUUUUAAACUUUUGACUGCAGGGUUUUAUCUGAUUUCAUUUACAAGGGUUAUAUUUCGUAAGAAAGUGAUUGGUUAGCUUCUAUGAAGCUCGGUAAUAACGAAAAGAAGUGAUACAUCGGUUUAGAAUUCACUAAACUAGACGAAUCACAAAAUCCUGGAAUGACCCCCACUAUUGAACAAACCUAUAAACGAGCACGUCGAUGUGGUAUGCCAAAACUUAAACGAACAAAAGCAUUUCUCAAGCAGACACUCUCACAGACAUCUACAUCAAAUGAUUUACUUCGUCAUCGCCGACAUCAUCACCAUCAUCAUAAUCACUACCACUUUAAUAAUAUUCAUCAACAUCCAGCAUUGUGUGCUUAUAAAUCGCAUUGUGAUACCAAUCAUAUGUCGUCUACCAUACAUUUAUCACCGAAUCACGAAAAAGAUACCAAGUCAAUAGUAAAUACUACUAUUACUGAUGGUAUUAAUAAACUUUCUUCCAUAAAACCUAAUAAUAACAGUAAUGGUAAUAGUAAUAAGCAUUAUCAUCAUCGUUCAUAUGAAGUAAACAAUAGUACUAGUCUUCAUGAAGAAACUAAUCAUAAUGAUGUUCACUAUCGAGAUGAUGAAACUCCCACUCCUCCUCUUCAUCAUCAUAAUCCUUAUUGUUUUACACUCAAUCUAUCAACUCAUACAAUUGCAACAUCAAAUUCUCCUAUUGAUAACACAUUGAUAUCUUCAACUCGGUCUCAUCAUCAUAGUCAUAAUCAUUCCUCAUUGACUACAAUCCCUAAAAAAGAACAUAGGUAUUCACAAGAAAGUAUUCAAUCCCCACCGGAAUAUACUUCAAUGAUAAGUCCAAAAAAUCAUUCUAGUGGAAAUAAUAUUACAUCUUCAUCAUCACCACCACCACAAGAUUAUCGUUCAAUGUCGGUACCAGGGAUAUGGAGUUCGCGAACCAAGCCGGAUAUUAUUUCACCGCAAAAAACUGACAAGAUAACAUAUGGUAACAGUUGUGAUACUGAUAGUGUUAAAAUAAUGCCAAAAAUUUCUGUUCCAUCUGAAAAUCUUAAACGAUCCGACUCAAUCAAUAGUAGUAAAUCUCAUUGUCAUCAAUUUAGUGUAGCCGCUCUAACUGAUGAAGUUAUGCAUUCCUCUGCUCAAUCAGAAGAAUCCAAGUCACAACCGAUUAUUAUAUCCAAAUCUCCAAAACAUCCAAGUGGUAAAAAGCGAACUUACAGAAAAUCAGAACAACGUGAUAUCGUAAAUACUGUAUCCGAUAAAUAUUCACAUCGUCGUAAUGAAUAUGAUAAAUCUUUUGCGUAUUCCAAAUUUGACAAUUCUACACGUGUAAACCGGUGCACAGGUGUAGAUAACAAUGGUAGCAAUAAAUCUUGGAAUCCAACAAUCAACGAUUCGUUAAAAGGAGCAUUAUACUUUCCUACAACUGUUGGCACGAACCAUAAUUGUGAACGAAUACAUGAAACGGUUUCAAAAUAUUCUCCAAUGACCAAUCAUAAUUUUAAUUCGACACCAUUUUCUUUACGUAAUCCAGCUGAUUCUCUUCUUGCUCAUUCAUAUCUACCACCAAGAGGAUUACAAGAACCUGCAAGUUGUGGUUCACAGAUCAGACCUCUAUCAUCAUCAUCAUCUGCACACUUAGUACCACCUUCAGUCCCAUCAUCAAUAUGCUCGAACUCAUUUUUUUCACAUCAAACUUUAUUAAAACAGUUUAUGGGUAUUGAUUCAGAAACUGCUAAUCAAUUACUCAAUGAUCCACGUUUUAUGGAAUUGUAUGCACUUACUAUGGCUACUCUAAGUAAUAAUGUUGAUGGUGUUCCUGACUCCAUAUUACCACCACCAGUGUCACGAAUUUCUUUACCUAAUCAUGCCAAUACCAUAAUAUCAACAUCGGUUAACAGUGGACAUUUACGAACAACUGAUCCUUCACAAUUCGGAGAAACAUCGUUAUCUCAUUGUGAACAACAAGUCAGUUUAUCCAGCAUUCAAAACAAAUUAUAUCCCUAUAGCAAUAUGAUGAUGCUUGGUGCUAAUCGUCCCACACUAGCCCCUAGUACUGUUCCACAAUCUUCACAGACCACAUCUAGUUCGUCUAGAAACCGUCUUAUCCCACCAAAUGCAGAAUCAUUGUCAAUUAGUCAACUACAAACUGAUCGAUCUCAGGCUGUAUUAGCUGCAGCUUACGCUGAUCGUGAAUUCGUAACAUCAAAUUCAACACUGGGUAAACUGAAAUUAUCUUCUCAAGGUAUAAUGAUCAAUAGUGGUAGUGAUCGCAAUAAUAAUUCAACUGUACCAAGUUCAUUAGUCAGUUCAUUACAAUCUACAACAAAUAUCAAUUGUCUGUCUGACAGUUAUAAUAGAAAUGCCCAACAUUUCAAUAUGCCACCUAAUCCAAUCAUACAACGUCAUCAUCAUUUAAGUUCUAUGCCUCAGUCAUCUAUCGGUACAUUAGAAUCAUCAUCUCUGCAUAAUUCCAAGUCAAAUUCCAUAAGUUCCAAUCUUUCUUGUUCCUUAUCAUCAGAUUCAAUGAUGAAUAAAAAUUUCGGUUCUUUCCCUUUCAAACUCUUUAAUGGCGAUCUACACAAUCCUGUCUCGUCGUCUUCGUCCUCAUCGUUGUCUACACACAAUGAUCGUAAUAUCAUGAUGGGAUUGCAUAAACCAGAAUAUAUGCCAUCAGAAUCGGUGCUUCGCCCUAAUUUUCCACCCCUCUUCAAUUAA